CUCGGGCCCGCCCUGCUCGCCGCUCCUCGCGCGCGCAGCCCCACCCGUCUCACUCAACAGCGGACAGGACAGGGCUCGGGCUGCUUGCUCUGCGCUCCCCAGAUCCCUGGUGAGCUCUCCACCCUUGUAGUCUCCUUGGGUGACCCAGUGGGCAUCGGAAGUCACUAUGUUCAGCUGGCUGAAGAAGGGCGGGGCUCGGGGCCAGCGACCUGAGGCCAUCCGCACUGUGACCUCGUCCCUCAAGGAGCUGUAUCGCACGAAGCUUCUCCCCCUGGAGGAACACUACCGUUUUGGGUCUUUUCAUUCACCGGCCCUCGAAGAUGCUGACUUUGAUGGCAAACCCAUGGUGCUGGUGGCCGGCCAGUAUAGCACCGGCAAAACCAGCUUCAUCCAGUACCUUCUAGAGCAGGAGGUCCCUGGCUCCCGCGUGGGUCCCGAGCCCACCACCGACUGCUUCGUGGCUGUCAUGCACGGCGAGACAGAGGGCACCGUGCCUGGAAAUGCUCUCGUUGUGGACCCAGAGAAGCCCUUCCGCAAACUCAACCCUUUUGGAAACACUUUCCUCAACAGGUUUAUGUGCGCCCAACUCCCCAACCAGGUCCUGGAGAGCAUCAGCAUCAUCGACACGCCUGGCAUCCUAUCAGGUGCAAAACAGAGAGUGAGCCGGGGCUACGACUUCCCAGCUGUCCUGCGCUGGUUUGCUGAGCGCGUGGACCUCAUCAUUUUGCUCUUUGAUGCCCACAAGCUGGAGAUUUCCGAUGAAUUCUCAGAGGCCAUUGGUGCCUUGCGUGGCCACGAGGACAAGAUCCGCGUGGUACUCAACAAGGCAGACAUGGUGGAGACACAGCAGCUGAUGCGUGUCUACGGAGCGCUCAUGUGGGCGCUGGGCAAGGUGGUGGGCACACCUGAGGUCCUUCGCGUCUACAUUGGUUCCUUCUGGUCCCAGCCGCUCCUUGUGCCGGACAACCGGCGUCUCUUCGAGCUGGAGGAACAGGACCUCUUCCGGGACAUCCAAGGCCUACCGCGCCACGCUGCACUGCGCAAGCUCAACGACCUAGUGAAGCGGGCACGGCUGGUGCGGGUACACGCUUACAUCAUCAGCUACCUGAAGAAAGAGAUGCCCUCGGUGUUUGGAAAGGAAAACAAAAAGAAGCAGCUGAUCCUCAAGCUGCCUGUCAUUUUUGCAAAGAUCCAGCUAGAGCACCACAUCUCCCCUGGAGACUUUCCUGACUGUCAGAAGAUGCAGGAGCUGCUGAUGGCACAUGACUUCACCAAGUUCCACUCGUUAAAGCCGAAGUUGCUGGAGGCGCUGGAUGACAUGCUGACCCAUGACAUUGCCAAGCUUAUGCCGCUGCUUCGGCAGGAGGAGCUGGAGAGUGUAGAGGCUGGAGUGCAGGGCGGUGCGUUUGAGGGCACCCGCAUGGGCCCCUUUGUGGAGCGGGGCCCUGAUGAAGCAAUGGAGGAUGGAGAGGAGGGCUCAGAAGAUGAUGCUGAAUGGGUGGUGACCAAGGACAAGUCCAAAUACGAUGAAAUCUUCUACAACUUAGCGCCUGCUGAUGGCAAGCUGAGUGGCUCUAAGGCCAAAACCUGGAUGGUGGGCACAAAGCUACCCAACUCUGUGCUGGGGCGAAUCUGGAAGCUGAGCGAUGUUGACCGAGAUGGCAUGCUGGAUGAUGAAGAGUUUGCCCUGGCCAGCCACCUCAUUGAGGCUAAGCUCGAAGGCCAUGGGCUACCCACCAACCUACCCCGCCGCCUGGUGCCGCCUUCUAAGCGGCGACAGAAGGGCUCUGCUGAGUGAGAAGGCAGCAACUGCUGGCUCACCCUGCCACUUUGCCCUGCUGUAGCGCCCCAGCUCCAGUUGGCUACACGCAGACCCCUGCUCUGGCCCACUCACCCUGCCUGCCCACCCUGCCUGGCUAUAAGGACUUGAGGGGGGAGCUUCUCUCCCAUACCAGACAUUCAGUGAAAGCACUUAUAGAGGACGGGCGGGGGGGGGGCGGGUGACAAACCUUCUCUGUCCGUCCUUCACACCUACACCUUCACAUACACAGGGGCUUAUCACAGAAACAUACACAGACAUCCAUCCAUCAUUCAUAUAAAGGCCUAUUUUUUUCUUUUCUUUUUUGAAAGCGUCUCGUCUCACAUAACCUAGGCUACCCUUGAACUUCUUAUGUAGCUGAGGAUGACCUUGAAUUCUUCAUCUUCCUGGCUCCACUUCCUGAGGGCUGGAGUUUCAGGCAUGAAUUACCAUGCCUGGUUUAUGCAGUCCUGGGGUAUGAACCCAGGGCCUCCUGCAUGCUAGGCAAGCACUCUGUCAACUGAGCUAUAUACAUCCACAGCCCCAUCCAGAUUAUUUAUUGAGCACUUACUGUAUGCUGGGCCCCGGUGGAACCGACUCUCAGGAGUGUGACAUCUACAUAGUCACACAAACACUGACACCAGCAAGACCCCUUUUUAAUAUAGGCAAGCAGCUACUGUUACUCAGCCAUGCUUAGACUCCCUUCUCCAUUUUGUCUUCAGGUGUCAGGUUCAUUGGGGGUUCAGAGCAGACACCUGGCUUCCUUGUUCCUCUCAUGGGCCUCUCUUUCACUUUCCUACCCACAAAUCCUAAAUUCUGACCACAUCCACUUCACAAAGAUUAUGCAGCAGAUAGAAAAACCGCAACUUCCUGGCUCCUUCGAGGACGGCUUCUAUCCUCCGGAGCCAGGGUGAGGGAUUGGGAACCAAAGUAUCUGGCCCUUCUGCCCACCUUCAGGUCAUAUUUAAGCAGAGUCCCUAUCAAAGACAGACCAUGGGGUGGGAAUAGGGGAUGCUUUACCAAAGCUAGGUUUUCAUGGGUAUCCUGGGGGAUUGGGAAUUCUCAGUGCUAUAGCCGCUCCUCCUCUCACACACUUUAUGUCUUCACUACCUUAGUACAUGACCCUGGUGGGAGACAAAAAAGAUGGGGGGGGGGCGGUGAGGACAGCUAGAAGGGGCUGAAAACCCAAGAGUGUCCCCUACAGGGCCAAUAAAGCCAAAGCUGCUGCUUGUGCCGCUGUUAGGCUAUCUUGGGGCGGGGAACCCUAAGGAAGAGGUGCCUGGGGGGCCAUUCUGGCUCACAGGGGCGGUGCAGCUUGUGACUCAACUCUGCGCUGACUCAGUCUCGGGCUGGGGGCCAGUCCUGCAUAUUUUCCGAAGAAACGUUACUUAGGGCCCUCCCCACCCUUGGGACACCCCUCCCUCCCGCCUUCCGCCAUGGGGCCUGGGAACCCAGUUCUGGGCGUGGAUGAGGGCCAGUGCCAGUGCCAGUUUGUGUACAGUUUGCCCUUAGUCUCCAAAGCACCUUCCAGAGGGCACUGACACGAAUCCGAAUGCACCAGAGCAGAGCCUGUAGCCCAAGACCACUGGGUCCUGGAGGAAGAGAGAUUAGUGUGGGAGUGCACAGGGCCCCCACACCCCGGUGCGUUGGCCUGGAGAGCCUCCCGCCCACGCAUGCCUUGCCUGCAAGCCCUGGGCGCCCUCUGGUGGGAAGGCAGUCGGUGACUCAGGCCAGACCAUUACCUUAAUACCCUGCCCAAGGAUGAGCUGAGUUCUGCUGUGUGACCCUGGGGUGAUGCGUUCCUUCCCUGAUGCGUUCCUUUUAUUUUUUUUUCCUUUAGGAGUCCAGAACAGAGGUUCAUUUUAAUUCCAGCAUGGCGCAGCAGGCCAGUCUGAGCCUGGGGUGGGGGUGGGGGUGGGGUCGCAGUAUUGGCUCAGGUCUUUAAUCCCAGGCAGAGGCGGGUGGUGGAUCUGUGAAUUGGAGGACAGCCUGGUCUACAGAGUGAGUUCCUGGACAGCCAGUGUUCCACAGAGAAACCCUCUCUUGAAAGAUAAACUAAAUGUGUGGUGUGGCUAGUUCUGUAGGUUAGUGUUAACAGUCCUUGCCCUGCUUACACAGAGCUGUUUUCCACUCUUAGCAUGACCAGAAAACAAAAAAACAAAACCCUUUGUAGAUCUUUUUGGAUGACCGCCACUUUCCAGGGGCCUGGGGAACAGUAAGGAGGCAGUGGUAGUUGGCUGGCACUCAAAUGCUAGAAACUAAUAUAAUAGGUUUGGAACUUUAAAAAAAAGUUUACUCUUUAUUUUCAUUUAUAUGUGUGUUUGAGUGCAUGCAUGCACAGGUCUGUGGAUUCCAAGGAGCUGAAGUUACAGUUGUGAGCCACUCUGUGGUCCUGGAAGAGCUGCUAGUGCUUUUAACAGCUGAAUCGUCUCUUCGGCCAAGUACUCAAGCCUUUUUUGUUAAGUUUUGGGAACUCAAAUUCAGGUCCUUACUGUUUUGCCCAGAAAGCUCUCUUACCACCCACUGAGCCAUUCCCCAACCCUUGUUUUUCAUUUUGAGACAGUCUCUCUACCCUGAACUCAUUCUGCUGUCCAGGGUGGCCCAUGAACUUGCCAUCCUCCUGCCUCAGUGCGUCUUGAAUAGGUAGGUGGGUAGGGUUAAAUGAACAGUACUACCCAGCUACUUUUUUUUUUCCUUUUAGUAUGUGUGUGGUAUACAGGCAACUCCACUGGCCUGCUCUCAGGGACCCAGCAGGUGCUUACAUCAUGACCUUCGGCAGCCAGAUGUGCCAGGUGUUUGCAGUAGAUAGAAGAACCCACCUGUCACCCCAGCUCUCUCUGUUCUCCACCGCCAACAUUCCCCCUCCUCUGCCCUCAUGGCUCUGCUCACCAUCUGUCUGCCUGUCUUCAUGUCCACUUGUCUGCCUCUGUCCCUUCACCAAGUCCACAGUAUCCUUGCUUUCCCCAAUAAACUUUUAUGCUAGAUCUGUUUUAUGGUGUAACUUCUCAGGGGUACACCUUGGCUGGGCCCUCCAAAAAUACUCCCUUGCCACAUAUUUCAUAACGGUGUGGAAGCAUAUAUGCCACAGCAUACCCUGUGAAGGUUGAGAACAAACUGGUUGCAGAUGUUGGCUCUUUCUUUCCAUCAUUUGGGUUUGGGGGAUUAAUCUGAGGCUUGGCAGCAACAACCUUUACCUAUUGAGGUAUCUUGGCAGCCCAUGCCCAACAACUUCUUUAAUAAAAAAAGAGUUAAAGUGA